UAUAAAAAUUAUGAAUUAAUGACUAGUAUAAAUAGAUAUUUGUAUAAUUCAAUUAUAUGUCUUUUCUGUUGGAUGUAAAUUUACGUUUCCUUGAUUUUAUGAAUUAAUCGCGGAAAGAGAUUAAUUAAUUGCGCAAUCUGUUAAUCAAAUUCGAUGAAAUUUGAAAUAUAGGUUCUGUAAGACAAAAUGAGCAAAAAAUAUCUGGAAAAUCGUAAAAUGAAUUGCUUCUACAAUAUUAUUGAAAGUUUGUAAACUUAAAUUCAUCGAGAGCGAAUGAGUUUAUAUCAAGAAGUUUAAUAAACUCUUCUUUUUCUAAAAUUUUCCCAAAAAUGUUUGUAUUUUAAAUAGCUGAACAUUUUAAUUCUGAUACAGCUGAGAUUAAACAAAAUUUCUGAUAAAAUCGAUCCAUAGUAAGAUAAUCGAAUGAUUUAAGAAUCCGACUUUUUCAGGGUCACGAAAUUUGAAGGCUGGUCUUGCCGCAAAUUAUAUUCCGUCUGUAUAUUAAACAUCGCCUUGUCUAUCAUCCGUCUCGCAUUUAGUCGCAUUUAUCGUUUAUUAAUAUAUCCAAAUAAUACAACGCAAACAAUAAAACGAAGAAUGCAUUUUCCUUUCUCUCUCUCUCUCUCUCUCUCUCUUCUUUCUCUACUUUAAUUAUUACUUAUAUCUUCAUAAACGCAGCCACCGCAUCUUUUUCCGUGACUAACGCCCCCCGUUUUCUUCUUCCUCUCGCUUGCAGAGCCGUCGAUACCGCGCAUGAUUAUGCCCAGGAAUCUGCAGCAACGGCUCUAUUCGCCAAUGAUGUCGAUCAAGGAUCUGACACUCUGGAUGUCCAAGCAGAGCGGCGGGAGUAUCAUAUACCCGUAUCGUUGCGAGAGAUGCGGCAAGGGUUACCAGCACCGCGGCACCUUGCUGAGGCACACGCGACACGAGUGCGGCAAGGAGCCACAAUUCAAGUGCCCGUAUUGCGCACACAGGACGAAGCAACGCGGCAAUCUGUAUCAGCAUAUCCGCACCAAUCAUCCCGGGAAGAAUGUCUUCUCCAGCAGCAUCUAGUGCUUGUAAACGUCGCACGCGCAUG